GUGAGAGAGUGAGAGAGAGAGAGAGAGAGAGAGAGAGAGAGAGAGAGAGAGAGAGAGAGAGGGGCAGAAAAAGUCAAUGUGUUUGGGGGAUAAAGACAGUGUGACGGAAAGGCCAGAGAGAGGAGAGGGAGGAAGAGCUGAACCCCUGAGAAUGAAGCAGUGACUGAGAGGUGGGCACACAGCAGGGAGAUGAGGACUUUGUGACAGGACGGACUGAGACAGACCCGCGGAGGAGAGAGGACAGAGACGGAGCUCUGAGGACAGACAGAAGCAUUCAGAAGAGAGAAAACUCCCAAUCUGUCGCGGGGCAGGAAGCCGUACAGGUGUAGAUGCAGGCAGGUGGACAGUCAGACAUGCUGCUUGCGCUUGUGUUUCUCUGCGUGGCUGGAGGGAUUUGGGGGUCCACCCCCAGCGUGACGGGGUAUGAAUGGAGCCAGGACAGACCGGGGCCGGGGGCGCCGCCGUGCCCGUCCCCCUGCCAGUGCGAAGAGGAUGGGAUGUUUAUCAUGGUGGACUGCUCGGAGAUGGGACUAUCAUCUGUGCCGGCCAGCCUCAGCCCUCUCACCACAUACCUGGAUCUGAGCAUGAACAACAUCAGUGAGAUCCAGCCCAGAGCCUUCCACCGACUGCACUUGUUAUCGGAACUGCGUAUCUCAGGGAAUCAGCUGAGGUAUAUCUCAGGCCACGCUCUCCAGGGGCUCCAUAACCUCAAAGUUCUGAUGCUGCAAAACAACCAGCUGGAGAGACUUCCUGGUGAUGCUCCAUGGGACCUGCCCAACCUCCUGUCCUUGCGUCUCGAUGCUAACCUGCUGUCUGAGGUCCCGGCCGAGGCCUUCAGAGGAGUCCGCUCACUGAGACACCUGUGGCUGGACGACAACUCCCUGACAGAGAUCCCGGUGGCGGCCCUGGACUCUCUGCCCUCGCUGCAGGCCAUGACGCUGGCCCUGAAUCAGAUCACACACAUCCCAGAUUACGCCUUCAACAACCUCUCCGCCCUUGUCGUACUCCAUCUCCAUAACAACCACAUCCAGACCAUGGGCUCGAAAUGUUUUGAAGGUUUACACAGUUUGGAGACACUAGAUUUAAACUACAAUGAUCUGCGGGAGUUCCCUGUGGCUAUCCGGACGCUGAAUAAACUUCAGGAACUGGGCUUCCAUAACAACAAUAUCAAAGCCAUUCCUGAGAAGGCCUUCGUGGGAAACCCGCAGCUCCAAACCAUUCACUUCUACGAGAAUCCAAUCCAGUUCGUGGGAAAAUCCGCCUUCCAGUUCUUGCCCAAGUUGCACACGCUCUCCCUCAACGGGGCAACCCAGAUACGAGAGUUUCCAGAUCUAAAGGGAACCACUAGCCUGGAGAUCUUGACUCUGACUCGAGCCGGGCUCUCGGCUCUCCCUCUGGACCUCUGUGAGCAGCUGCCUCGCCUCCGAGUGCUGGAGUUGUCUCACAACCAGAUAGAGGAUCUGCCCAGCUUCUUUCACUGCUCUGCACUGCAGGAGAUAGGGCUACAACAUAAUCAGAUCAAGAGGAUAGAGUCAAGCACCUUUCAGCAGUCGACUUCGCUACGAGCGCUCGAUCUGAGCUGGAAUAUGAUCGGAUGGAUCCACCCGGAUGCCUUCGCUUCCCUUCACUCUCUGAUCAAACUGGACCUCACUGAAAACCGUCUGAGCUCGGUGCCAGUUGGAGGUCUGGGUGGUCUCACACAUCUCAAGCUGAGGGGGAACACAGAAUUAUACGAGGCCUUCAGUCCCGAUCACUUCCCCCAUAUGAGGGUGAUAGAGAUGCCGUAUGCCUACCAGUGCUGUGUGUACGGCUCCUGCGACAGCUACAAGCCAGCCGGUCAGUGGGACACAGAGCAGAGCACGAACGAAGAGCUGCACAAGAGGACUGUGGCUGUGUACCCCGUCCACGCCGACACACACUACGACCCCGACUUGGAGGAGUUCCAGCUAGAAAUCGAGGAGGCCAAACUGCAGACCAGCGUCCAGUGCACACCCACGCCUGGUCCGUUCCGUCCGUGCGACUCCCUGCUGGGCAGCUGGCUGGUGCGCGUCGGCCUCUGGUCCAUCUCCCUGGUGUCUCUCAUGGGGAACUCCGUCCUGCUCCUGUCCCUCUUCGGCUCGCCUGGCUACCUGUCGCCGCUCCGCUUCACCGUGGCGUGCAUGGGGGCCUCCAACCUGCUGACGGGCGUGUGCACGUGCACGCUGGCGCUCGUGGACGCUCUGACGCUGGGGGAGUUCGGCCACCACGGGGCCCGCUGGGAGGGCGGCCCCGGCUGCCAGGCGACGGGCUGGGUGUGGGUGUUCGCCUCGGAGGCCAGCGUGCUGCUGCUGACCCUGGCGGCGGUGCAGUGCGGCGUGAGCGUCACGUGCGCCCGGGCCUACGGGAAGUCGCCGUCGCUCGGGAGCGUACGCACGUGCGCGCUCUUCUGCCUGACCCUCUCCCUCGUGCUCGCCUCUCUUCCCCUGGUCGGCGUCGGGGAGUACGGCUCGUCGCCGUUCUGCCUCCCCUCGCCGCUCCCGCCGCCGAUCUCCCGCCUGCCGUCCUCCCUGGGCUUCCCUCUCGCCCUCAUCAUGAUGAACACUCUGUGCCUGCUUAUAGUCACCGGCUCAUACAUCCGCCUGUACUGGGAGUUGCUGAGGGGGGAGUGUGAGGGCCUGUGGGACUGCGCUAUGAUCAAACACGUCGCCUGGCUAAUAUUUACCAACGGCCUUCUCUACGUGCCGGUGGCUUUCCUCUCGCUUUGUUCUCUCCUGGGCCUCCUCUCUCUGGGGGAGGAGGUGCUGAAGUCCGUCCUCUUGCUCCUCCAGCCCUUGCCAGCCUGCCUCAACCCUCUCCUCUUCCUUCUUUUCACAAGAGAUCACUCUCAGUUGUUCUUCUGGCCUCGCCCUAAAGCCCACCCACAGCUCCGCCGGGACCACACCUUUGACUCGUUGGUCUCCGUGGAGACGGAGAAGAGCUCCUGCUCUGACUCAUCCACGCAGGUGUCGCUCACGGACGCCGACGCCGUUUGCAACGAGGGCUCGGCGCUCCAGCCCCGGCUGGAUCCCAUCAGAUUUUCCCACUGUUCCUCCACCUCCUCCGUCCCCCUCAUCCCCUGCCAAAUACCCACUCCCACCGCCAGAGAUAGAGAUAGAGCGGCAGAAUGAGGGCGCCAGAGCGACGACGAAUGUUUGGAGGGUUCGUGAUUAGCAGCACCUGCCCUCUUUCUCACUCCUCCAAGACCUCUUCUCUCACCUUUGAACCUCUAUGAAAAGCUGUCUGAAAAGCUGGGACACUAAAGGCAUUCAAGGACCAUCGUCGCACUGGGUUUUCACAGAAACUGUAAAGCACAGUCGAGAAGUUGAAAAGAAGACGGAGAUUAAAACAGAGAGCGGAACUUCAAGCAAACGAAAGACUCGUUACUGGGACAGCAACUAGUUUUAAAAUCACACACAUCUUAGACACGAUGCAGUGGACUGUGUGGACAAUCAAGGACUUGAAACGUCAAGGACGAAACUCAAACAAAAGCCCUUCAAGCUCAACGUAAAAGCAUCAGACAAAUCAGUGGUGUUGCCAGGAGGGAGUUUAGCUAGCAACUGUAGAAUAUUAAGUGUAAAUGUUUGUAAUGAAAUGUGAUUGUGAGAAAUGCAACUUAGAAGUUACAGAUUGUUUGGUUCUAUUUUUAAGUGGAGUUGCUAUUUGGUUUUUAAAUAUAAACUAUCCGAUUGCUAAGGUCUGUUUAAAAAAA